AUGUCACUGGCUUUGUCUGAUCUAAAUAAAAAAGUUAAAGAUACUGAAAACGAGAACCUUAGUUUAGUAACGGCCCUAAAAAUUUUAUAUGAAGAACAAAUACGUACCCCGCAAGACAAAGACCAAAUUCACACUCAUGCAAAUUUCGGCAAACAGACCAAUAAUAAUGGCAAGCAAACAUACUCAACGGUGGGUAAAAAUAAAAGGUCUAAAAUGAUUCCAUUUAGUUCAAAGAUAACGAAAGAAGUUAUUAACUUAGACUCUACCACACCGGAACAAUCUUACAAUGUUGUCACACGCAAUCGCUACGAAGUACUCGGUAAUGGAGAAGACCAAUAUAAUACCGCAGAACAACAAAGUGAAACAACUCAAACAUCCAAGGCGAUGCGACCCAAGACUAGCCGAGAAGUUUCUACUAAUAAAGACCAAACCAAAGCGUCAUCGGAGACGAGUCUCCGUACCUAUAAUUCGGGCAACCAACCCGGGCGUACAAUCAACGUAGCCGUUGCCGGUGACUCAAUGUUAAAAUACAUAAAUCCCUCCAAACUUAGUAAAAUCUUGAAACAAAAUGUCCACGUGAAAACCUUCACUGCCGGAGCAGAGGUUGCGGAUAUUAGCACGCGCUCCUGA